AUGGAAGAUUUUCAAAUGUUUGAAGAAUCACAAAUGUUUCAGCACAAUACUGAUAUUAAUUUUAUGUCGGAAACUUCGCGAGAACAGAACACGCAGAGCAGUGAUAAUCAUUUCAUUUCAGAAACUUCUCGUGUUUCUCGUGGUAAAGCAUUUACAAUUAUAGAAGAUGAAACUUUAUGUAGAUCUUGGUUAGCAGUCUCUCAAGAUCCCAUUACUGAUAAUAGUCAGACUAUGGUUAUAUUUUGGGAACGAGUACUUGUUAAUUUUAAUUCACAAUUGAGUGGUGAAUCAAAUCGAAACCGUAUUUCCUUGUCUCACCGUUGGUCUACCAUGCAAAAGGCAAUUAAUAAAUUCUGUGGUUUUCUUGAACAAAUUCAACUGAGGCAACAAAGUGGAACAACUGAGGCAGACAUGGUCGCUGAAGCAAAGCGGAUGUAUCAUGCAAUACAGAAAAAACACUUCAUAUUUGAUACAUGUUGGGAUAUUUUGCGCCGAAGUUGUAAAUGGGAUGAAUUUCGAACACAAUCCAAAAAGACGAAAGAGAAGUUGAAGAAUCAAACAACCCACGAUAGUAGAUUUGAUGAAAUGGCUGCCAACCAAUCCAAAAUGGUUGAAGUGUUAUCAACUAUUUUUGCUAGAACUAUUGAGCGAGAUGAACAAAAGGCGAUCGACCGUAACCAGAAAGCUGCAGACCGUCGAAGAAGGGCCGAAGAUAGGGAGGAACAACUAAAACUCCUAUCUAUGAUGAAUGAAAGAGAACAACGAAAUGAAGAUCAUAAAAUAAUGUCAAUGGACAUGACAAAUUUAAAUCCAAUGCAAAGGGCGUACUACGAAGAUCUUCAACGACAGAUUUUAUUUCGAACAACUAAUAGAUUACCUUGA